GGUUUAUUUAGCCUAAAUUGAACUGAACUUGUUGGUAUCGACUGGUGUUUGUAUUUAUUGUUGGAUGAUGGCGACACGGGCGUGAAAAUAGCCGUGAUCAUCGACUCUGGUCGGGAGAUGCGAAGGGGCAGAUCGAGGGGACCCCGACUUUAAACCACCACAAACUUAUUGACUUACACGUUAAAACAAACACCAUCAACAUGGCUACAACACUCAAUGCUAACGACCAGAAUGGAGAAAACGGUACCUCAGAAGGGAUACAGUCGCCGAGAUUGUGGCAUUUUGGGCGUGGGAGAGCCCCGUUCAGCCAAACCAUGAUGGAGUUCGAUCGUCAACUCGACCAUUUGUCAGUCUGGCUUGAAGAGUGGUCCCACGAGGAGAGAUGUCAGAUACUAGAAGGGGUCCUAAUAAGAAGUAAUUAUACUCAAGUUCAGUUUUUAUGGACAACAUUACAGCCAGCAUUACAUAGAGACUUCAUGUAUGCUUCAAAACAACAUUAUCCACAGAGUAAAUUUGUGCCAAUUAGCACACAUGCUACCAGACAAAAGAAACAGAGAAAAUGGGCCAAAAAAUUUCACAGAAUUCCCAGUGCUUUUGUACAACGCCGUAGAGAUGUUCUGCAGUGCAAUUCUGAACUCGCUUUGCCAAAAGUUCCCUUUCAAGAUGAGCCAAUGUCUGAACAUAUUCUUAAUUAUAAAUCCAGGUGGACGGAAGUAAUGAGGAACACAGGAAGAUUACCCACAAUGCCACAGAAACCUACCUCACCACGUUAUAAUCUUGCCAAAUCAAAAUCAGCUCCUCAGCUAACUAGAUCACAAAACUUACCUCCACUCAGACGCCAUUUACAGGAUGAAAGCCCACAUCACCAAGGUAGAUUAGUUUAUAGCCCUGUAGUUCCUGAUAAUGCAUUACUGAAAUCUAUGAGUAGUAUACAACUUACACGUAAACGCAAGUCAUUGUUUGGUACCCCACCUGAAGAACAACUUCCGGUUGCUAAGUUACCAAAUGAAGCUUGGCAGCUAUUUCAUUGGUAUGAAUCAUGCUGGAAUGGGGAGAAAUGUGUUGGUGAUGGUAUUUGUAGAUACGGUGUAUGUGGUGGUGACAGUGUAUGUGGUGGUAACAAUGUAUGCAAUGACGGUGUAUGUGGUAGGGACAGGGUAAGCCAUGGUGACGGUGUAUGUGGUGGUGACAGUGUAUGCGAUGACGGUGUAUGUGGUAGGGACAGUGUAUGCGGUGGUGACAGUAUAUGCGGUGGUGACAGUGUAUGCGGUGGUGACAGUGUAUGCGGUGGUGACAGUGUAUGCAGUGGUGACGGUGUAUGCAGUGGUGACGGUGUAUGCGGUGGUGACAGUGUAUGCGGUGGUGACAGUGUACAGCGCCGACCACACGCUUUGUGUGGUGACAGUGUAUGCGGUGGUGACAGUGUAUGCGGUGGUGACAGUGUAUGCGGUGGUGACAGUGUAUGCGGCGGUGGUGACAGUGUAUGCGGCGGUGGUGACGGUGUAUGCGGCGGUGGUGACGGUGUAUGCGGCGGUGGUGACGGUGUAUGCGGCGGUGGCGACGGUGUAUGCGGCGGUGGCGACGGUGUAUGCGGCGGUGGCGACGGUGUAUGCGGCGGUGGCGACGGUGUAUGCGGCGGUGGCGACGGUGUAUGCGCCGGUGGCGACGGUGUAUGCGCCGGUGGCGACGGUGUAUGCGGCGGUGGCGACUGUAUGCGCCGGUGGUGA